AAACAUAUUUUGUUUAUGAAUUGUGUAAACAGUUUAUUAUCUUUUACAGCAUAAUAAAAAGAAAACGUUAUAGCUUCAGAAAUUUUAAUUUUGGAACAACAGUUAACAAACAGGAAAUAACCAAGAGACAUCAGAAUGGAACCAGUGGUUUUUGACAGUUACAACAUUUUAACAAGGGAAAUUGCAUCAGGCUUAUCUACAGAAAAUGUUAAGACAAUAAAAUUUAUUGUGAAGGAGUUUGGAAAAGGAGUACUUGAAAAGAUUAUUUCGGGGACAGAUCUUUUACAGCUCAUGGAGGAAAGAAACUGGCUCUCUGCGGAACGAGUUGAUAGGCUAUCAGAACUUCUUCAAACAAUUGGAAGACAUGACUUAGACAAUAAAGUACAGAUGUACGCAGAUUCUGCAAUCUCAAGGAAUCUCUCUAACCAUAAUUAUUAUGGAAUAUAUGGUAUGCAGAUUAAUGAAAACUAUGUGGAGACAUCCAUGUACAAGAAAAUCGUAGACCAUCUGCAGUGUCAUAAUACUGUGAUUAUGAAAGGCCCACCUGGCACAUGGAAGUCACAACAUGCUUUCAGAUAUGCCCAGUACUUUUCUAAAGAGAAAAGCACAGACAAAUCUUUGAUUUGGAGAGUAGAUUGUAAUACUGAUUUAAACAUUUUUAAUUCCUUUUCCCACUUGAUGAAUUUUCUAAAAAUUCAGUGUGUUAACUCAAAAAACAGAGUUAUGGAAUCAAUAGAAGUUAUGCUGUCGAGAGCAUUAGACGCCCUUGCAAAUGAUAAAUAUAAAGAAUCGAAGCAUUUAUUCAUCCUUCUUGGAUUCACUAGUACAUCGCUGCCAAAGGAAACAAUACAAACUUUAUUACAAGGCAUGAAGGCACAUACUAACAUCUUUGUAAUAGCAACCGUUAGUGAAUCUCUGUCAAGUGAUUUCAAUUCCAACAUCAUUGAAAUGCGUGGGAUGUUGGAGAAAGAAGCUAUAGACUUUCUUCAUGUCUCUACAAGUAAUACUACCUCAAAAGAAAAAGCGAAAGUUCUAGCAAAAAAACUUAGUUAUUUACCCACAGGCCUACUUUUUGCAAGAACAUAUAUGCAUACAACACACAUAAGUAUUGAAUCAUAUUUAAAGAAUUUGGAGACCAUAACAAAUGGUACCACUGAUGAUUCAUCGACGAAAGCAUGUGAGUUGCUUAUUCAACGGGCAGAAACAGAAAUGUCUGGAGAGGAAAGGAAACUGCUUCAUUACUUGCCAUAUAUGAAUACAGACAAUAUACCUGUCCUCUUUCUAAAAUAUGUCUUACCUCGUUUCCUGAUAGAUGAUUCAAAAACUGUGUUGAUCAACAACUUUCUGAAGACCCUCAGGAAUCAUUCAUUAAUAUCAAUAAAAGGUGAGGAUGAUUCUAGAGUAGUUGCAGCUCAUUCUUACACGCUAAUGAUACUAAAAUCGUCCGAAACAAAAGAAAACAAAACAAAGUAUUUAAACACACUUCUUGACUUUUUCGUUAGUUAUUUUGACCUUGAUGCUCGCUGGCUUGAAGUUAUUCAUAGAAAUGUUCUAUUUCUCGAUCACGCAGAAGCAUUUCUUAGUAAUGUUGAUAUUGAAUUUGAAUCUCAGUCAAGAGAUAUAAAAGCUAAGUUAUGCUAUUUAUACACUGCAAUUGGGAUAACAUACCGACUUUAUGGUAAUACUGAACUUUCUGCUGCAGUGUAUCUUUCUAAGGCGAAAAAUACUCUAUAUAAAAAUAUUUUAGGAUGCAAUUCUUUCCAAUGCAACAAGACAGAAAACUCUUACGAUACAAUAAAAGAAUAUUUAAAUGGCAGCGAGGCUUUAAGAAAACACUGCAAAGACAUAUUUCCAAAAUUGCUAAGCAACAGUAACGAACUUUCAAAAAUGUUUAUAAACAACUUUGUUGAAAACAAGUGCAGAAGUUCAAGAAGUAUUAGUCUAUUGUGUAAAUAUAGCGAUAUAAAUAUCGAGAACGUUAACAAUAAUCAACUCUCUGGUGUAGAAGUAGAUCAUCUCCGAAGUAAAAACUUGAUAAUGGAUGCUGAGCAUAUUGCCGAAACGUUUUAUAUUGAACUUCUUAUCAGGAUUCUCUAUAACGAAAGUAAAAACACGUGGUUGGUUGAAAUGUCAAAAGAUGAGUUUUCUGCAGGAAAAAGAACUUUAAUGAAACGGUUGUCUAGUGCUUAUUUUCCGGUAACCCCUGAAAGCUUAACGCAACAUCAACUAGCCCAUAGACUUACACAUCUGCUGAAGAAACACAUGGAGUCUGCACAUAUGACCAGUACUCAGGCUAUAGGUCCUGAGGUAAAACAAGUUCGUAUGUUUUGCCCAGUGUUUAGUCCUGUUACCCAUCGAAGUGGCAUUAUGUACAUGGCACGUUCAAUUUUUGAUGAUGAAAAGUUUCCUAUUCUACUUGAUGAAGCUAUAAGGUUAUUAGACAACAUAGACAAAGGCAUUGAAGGGAAAGGAUUCACUGAAUUCGGAGUUGUUAAACGCAUUGGGGAAUCGAGUCUUUUUCACUCAGUAAUGAAAGACACGCUGAAAAUGGAAUGCUAUGAAAAAUUAGCCAAAGCUGUCCAACCGAAAAAGAAGGAACUUUUACAGAAAGCUAUUGCUAUUGCUAAACGAUUGGAAUGUCAAAUAAAUGACAUGACAUCAUGGAAAGCUCUGUCUGGAAUCCAUUUGAAAAUUGUCAAACUUUUCAUAAGAACCCAAACAGACGAAAAUAUAAAGAAAGCAAAAUACCAUUAUAAAAAGGCAUACGAUCGCGAAUUUGAAAGUAAUAAUACAAGAUUCACUCGAUUUCAUCAAAGGGCUGUUAUUCAUUAUGCUGAAUGCUGCAUACAAUUUCCUAAGUCUGAUGAAUUGACGGAUGCCAGGCAAAUAUUGUUCGAUAUAAAGCGUCGGAUAGGAGCUGAUGCACUAUUUGAAGAUGAAAUUAAAAAGAUAGACUAUAGUUUAGAACAGCUGCUAAAGAAUAAGAAGCCUGUUUCAACUGUCAUUGGUGAUGAUGACACAAUAACAAGGGAAGAUAAAGGAGUUCAGACGGUAUCUUCACAGGAUAUCUAUCAAAAGCGGUUAUGUCAAAAUAUGAGAGAUCGACUGAUAUCGGAUAAGAAAAGAGUUCAAUCUGAAUUACAAAGAAUUGAUAUGGAAAUGAAGGAAGUUGAAAAUGAAUUACAAAAGAUCAUUUCUGUUUCUGACCAUGAAUAAUGUCUAAAAAUAAAUGGAACGGAAGAAUUGAACAUAACUCAUAUGACUUGUGUGAACAUAUAUGCAAUACAUGUAAAAAUAUUUCUGAUUUUUAUAUCUCUGGAAGACUUAAUAAAAUGACAAAAGGAGACAAGAGAAUGUAGCAAUUGAUUAUAAUUAUCUUUAAUUGCCAUAUAUAGUACAUUAUGUUUC